AAGUCUGUGGCUUUAUUUUGGUUUUUUGAUUUUCCCAUAGUUUCUUAUCACAAUAAUUGUGUAAAGCCAAAAGGAAAAAAAACACGAUAAUUUUAAUUGUAUCGCAAGCUUUACAUACGUUUGUUUAUCAUUUAUUUAAAUUCCUAACAACUGCUUUAGGAUUCAAAGAGCAAUAUUGACCAUAAUGGUAGACUCUAGUGUUUCAUCCUCAAACGAACAAGAUACAUGUGAAAUAGAUCCUAUUUAUGAUAUAAUUGAUUACUUGGUAAGGUGUGCAAACAUAUCUUUUAAAAAUUCUCAUAAUACUAAAGCAGAAAUACGGACAAGAGAACAAAUUCUAGUGGCUUAUGAACUCUAUACCCAAUCACCUACUCAGUUUUUAUAUCAAUUUGGCAAGUAUUUAUCACCAAACCAUUUAAAUUAUUUCGAAACCAUUCAAAGUAACAAUACCAAUAAGAAUUUCAAGAUUUGUAUUGAACAGUUAAAAUUAUAUCAUUCAAAUGAUUGUAAAAAUAAACGAAUUCGAAACAGACGAUACAAAGCUAUGCAGAAGUUGCAAGACAGUUCAGAUUAUUUUAGUGACAAACAAAUGAUGUAUCGCAAUCCAUUAUUGUAUGAACAGCUUGUAGGACAGUACCUGACAGAUGAUGAAAAAAUUGAACGGGAUGGGGUUGAUAAUGAAAACUUGACUUUUCUAAGUAUGAUAUUAGAAACUGUUGACAGAAAUGAAAUGAGAGAAACAAAAAAUAAACAAAUGCUUAUUGAGGAUGCAAGCUCAGCAACAGAAGCUCUACCAGAUGCCCAAGAUGUAGAAGGUGGGUCAUGUGGCAAAGAAAAGAAAUGGGGAGAUUUUGACAUACCAGAUACAAAGCCAAACUACAUGCCUGAACCUCAAAAACAAUCUAUGAUAAAUUCAAAUGAAAGAAAUCUUUUAAGAGAAGAGUUUUUGCAAGAAAUGUAUAGUAGUUUUAUUGAAGGCAGAGAUUUAGAUUUUGAUUACAACAGCGUGGACAAUAAUGAGGAGUAUGAUGAUUUACAGCAAAUUUCUCAAGAUGCUGAAGACAAAUACUUUGACUCUGAAGACAAUGAUGCAGAAACAUUAGAGGAGCAUAUGCAACAUGUCCAAGAAUAUGGAAGAAAGAAUUCUAGUGAUAGUAAUAGUGAUCCUCUAGAUGUUUUCAUGCAACACAUUUCAAAUAAACUUCAAAAAAUUUAAUUAUUGCUUUAUUGUACUUAACUUUACAUAGAUAAUUUAACAGAAAACUGUGCAGUUUCUAGGCUACUUCUUGAGAAACUUUCCUAACACUUUUUUUCCAAAUGUAGGUAAGAACACUAAUAAAAAUUAUAAAAAUGCACUGUGUCUUGCUUCAAAAAGUAGAUCGAAACUACAAUGUUUUCUACUAGAUUA